GUUUGAACGCGGAUCAAGAUUGUCGAAACAGUUGUUUGGCAUUGACCCUGACUUCACAUUUAUAUUUUGUGCUGCGGAAAACGUUACCAAGAAAAAAUUGGCAGAAUGUUAUUCAAGACGCGAAUCAUAUUUUCAAGCGUUAAAAGAUUAUGUCGAGUCCCACAAGUCACCUCAACUGCACAGAACAGACAAAUACAAACUAUUACAGCUUACACAGCUGUCAAUGAGCCAAUACUAUCAUAUGAAGAUGGAUGUGAAGAGAAAGAAGCUUUGCUAAAAACUCUAGAUAAGUACAGCACCAGGACAGAGGAUGUUCCCAUUGUUAUUGGUGACGAAGAAUUUAGAACAUCGGAAAUCAAAUAUCAAGUAGAACCAUUCGACCACAAAGUAAAGAUUGCCAAAUAUUAUAAUGCCACACCAGAACUUAUUCAAAAAGCCAUAGAUAAUAGCUUAAAAGCAAGACAAGCUUGGGACAGAACUCCACUGGAAGCAAGAUGCAACAUUUUCCUCAAAGCAGCUGAUCUGAUGAGUAAAGAAUAUAGAAUGGAUCUAAUGGCUACAACAAUGAUGGGCCAGGCAAAGAAUAUUGUUCAAGCUGAAAUUGAUGCAGUCUGUGAAUUGAUUGAUUUCCUUAGAUUUAAUGUACAAUAUGCACUGAGUUUACAAACACAACAGCCACUCAGUCCAUCUGCAAAAGAGACAUUAAAUUCUCAGAACCUAAGAGGUAUGGAGGGAUUCUGGGCAGCCAUAAGUCCAUUUAAUUUCACAGCAAUUGGUGGCAAUCUUUGUCAAUCACCAGCAAUGAUGGGAAAUGUUACUGUAUGGAAGCCCUCAGAUACAGCCAUGCUGUCUAAUUACUUAGUUUACAAAAUAUACCGUGAGGCUGGUCUUCCACCAGGUGUCAUUAAUUUUGUACCAGCAGACGGACCAGUCUUUGGCGAUACAGUCACAGCUUCCAAACAUCUAGCAGGAAUCAAUUUUACUGGCAGUGUUAGAACAUUCCAACAUCUAUGGAAACAAGUAGCAAAUAAUAUAGAAAACUACAGAACAUAUCCUAGAUUAAUAGGAGAAUGUGGUGGUAAAAAUUUCCAUUUUGUCCACAAGUCAGGUGAUUUAGAAAGUGUGGUGAAUGGAACAAUCAGGUCAGCGUUUGAAUAUGGGGGACAAAAAUGUUCAGCAUGUUCUCGGAUGUAUAUUCCACAAUCCAUGUGGCCGGAGGUCAAGGAGAAAAUGUUAAAAAUACACAAGAAGAUUAAAGUUGGGUCACCAUUGGACGUAGAGACUUUUGUGUCAGCCAUUAUUGAUGAUAAGUCAUUUGAUAGAAAUAAAGCAUAUUUAGACCACGCCAAAUCGUCACCAAAUUUGAAGAUAGUAGCUGGCGGUAAUUGUGAUAACAGCAAGGGGUAUUUUGUGGAGCCAACCAUCAUAGAGACAACAGACCCUGAUGAUAAAAUUAUGAAAGAGGAAAUUUUUGGUCCGGUCUUGACAGUCUAUCCAUAUCCAGACGACCAGUACAAAGAAGUAGCUGAUAUCCUCAAAGAGACCUCACCAUUUGCGCUUACAGGAGCAAUUUUUGCUUUGGACGAGGUAGUGAAAAAAGAACUUACAGACAAAUUCAGGGACUGUGCUGGUAAUUUUUACAUAAAUGAUAAAUCAACGGGAUCAGUAGUAGGACAGCAACCAUUUGGUGGCAGCAGAUUAUCAGGAACCAAUGACAAAGCAGGAGGUGCUAACUAUCUACUAAGAUUUGCUUCAAUACAAUCAGUAAAGGAGACAUUUAAACCUCUCACAGCUUGGGAUUAUCCAUACAUGAAUUGAUAGACAGAGGGAAUUGGAAAGAACAAUAUGAACAGAUCAAAAAGUUGUAAAGGGAUUACCAAUCAAAACUACAUAAUAAUCAAAACUUACAGAACAGUUACCAAAUAUGGUUUCACCAUAAGUGAUAUUCAUGGAAUUGGAAAGAACAAUAUGAAUCUGAUCAAAAAGUUAUAAAGGGACAACUAAUCAAAACCACAUUACAACCAAUACUCAGAGAACAAUAACCAAUAUGGUUUCAUUAUAAGUGAUACUCAUAUUUACAGCAAUGGUUUGAAAUAACACAGUAUUUGUUAAUGAUAGAACUGUUUGGUUAUCUGAUUGGCUGCUAUAUUUGUUAAUGGGGAUUGUUAAAUAUUUAUAUUGAGAGUAUGUAGAUUGUUUGCUAAUGUGCAUGUUCCCAAUAAUAAUUAAGGAUGUUUGCUACUCUGUUUCAAAAUAACAAGAAUGUUAUAAAUUGUUAAUAUAUAAAUAAAGGAACUGAAAAAGCAGAAAAAAAUGAAGGGUCUGUGUCCUUGUUUUCAAAAUAUAAGCCAUUGAAAAUUUGGUGGGGAAUGAUGCUCUCUAGAUUUUUCAUAUAUUUAACAUUGGCACCUUUUUUUUUCAAAAACUUUGAAAAAAAUAACAAGGAUUUUAUAGGAUCUUCAAAUUUGGCUGUUUAAAUUAUGUGGAUUAGGGGGCAAAAUUUUUAGUGGCAAUACAUGGAUACAAUCAGGGGAUUCUGAAUAUCUGACAAAAAACAAGAGGAGCAAACAUCCUUUAAUUUUUUUUUUAAUUUUGUAAUUAUCCUUUUUUAUUAUGACAUCCAAAAUCUAUAAUGAUAUUAUCAUAUCAGUGGGACUCAUUAUUGUUUUUAUUCUAUUUCUCAAUAUUUUGUUUUUAGAAAUCCAAACAAUUGUUUUGUGUUGGAAUUAUUUUUUUGGAACAAAUUAUAGUUUCACUAUAUACUGGUAAUCUUCUAGGAUUUUAUUUAUUUUUGUAACUUUACAUUAUAUUUGUACUCAUUAUAAAUUGGCUUAUAAAACUUUAUACCAUUGUACUACUCCAGUGAUAAUUUGUAUAGUAUAUGAUUCUGUGAUAUGAUUAUGAAUAAUGAAUGUAGUUUUUGUUUCACCUGCGACAGAAUUUUGCAGAAGGUGAGUUAUAGGUGUUGCUUUUCCGGCAUCAUCAAGAAUUUUAAUGUUUUCUGCUUAAGUUAGUUUGAUCGGAACUACUUUUAAUAGAAGAAUAAAUAAGCAAUGUCCAUCAGAUUGUCUUUUUUCUGAGUAUUUCAAGACCUAUCUCUGUGUCAAUAUUUUUUCUUAAAAUUCAUUUGUUAAUCUCAAAAUGACUUUUUUUAUUUAAAAAAAAAGAGAAAUAAAACAUUCAUGUGAAACAGAAAUAAAAUAUUCUGUGUAACUUAGAAGCUUAGAAUAUAUGUAUGUAACAUUGGCAGGAUUAUCAGCAAGGCAAGACAAUGGCUGACAUAAACGUUAUAGUGAUUUUACAGUUAUGGCCCCUUGACGUAGAUCUACCCCUCAAGCACAGAUGUGAUAAAUAUGAUAUUCUUCUGAGUGAUGAUGAAAAAAAAGUUUUUUUUUCUCAUUUUCUAUUUGAAUACUAUGUAUUUAUUUUGAAUCUCAUUAAAUCUUGCAUAAUGUUUUUGAUCUCCAAUUUUUUAAGGAGUCACAUUAGAUCAUUUUGCUAGAGUUUAAUAGUUUUUAGUUUGAAAGCUUAAAUCAAAUUGUGUAGUUUUGUAGUUGAAAUUUUGUACACAUAACUUUAUUAUACUGCAUAGCUUGUUUUGACAGUCAAAAUUGCAUGCUUGAUGAUGAGGCUUAUUCCGAAAACAUGUUGACAGUAAUAUCAUAUUUAUUUGUUCUUUAUUGUUAUUCAGACUUUUAUUAGCAGUCGGGAGCCUGUUUCGCAAAAAAUCUAAUGGUAACAAUAAAUAGUUAGUUUUACUGAAAUGUUCAUGAAAUACAAGUAUUUUUUCUCGUAAGAGUUUUUGUGAAAUGAGUUCCAGAAUCUUAAAACUGUCUUUUUUUUAUAAUAAUAAAAAAAAAAACAAUUGGUUAAUUGUCAUGAUACAAAAAUUGCAUGACUUAUAAUAAAUUAUCUCUACUUAUAUUUCCAAUUUAGAGGUAUUUCAAGAAGUUGAUGGCAUGUGUAUAUCUAUAGAACAGAAAAACUUAUUGUUUCUUAUCAUACAUUGUCAUAUGGCAACUCCACUGUAAUAAAGAAGUAACAUCAUUGAACUAUGAAUAUUCUGAAUAGCUGACACUUUAAAUUCAUUGAAUACAAAUUUGAAUGAUCUCAUUAAUUGUCACUGUUUGUUAUUUAAUUCUGUUUUUUGUUUAAGUUACAUAUAAGAACUACACUUAGAAAUCUAAGAUUUACUGAUAUUAUUCCAAGGUUCAUGAUAUGGAGACUUGCCUUUUUUUUUGUAAGAAAAACUGGCUGACUUCAUUAUUAAAUAUCAUUUAAGUGACAUCAUAAGGAAAUUUGUCAUAUAUUAGUAAUAAAAUCAACUCACUAAGUGCUCAACUCAUUUAGAGAACUAGUAUUUCCAUUUAUUAGAUAUUCACCAAAUCCAUUGUCUGUGUGAAUGUAUGAUUGGUGGACGGUUUUGCUCUAAACUAGUGCUUAGUACUGUAAAUUCAGAAAUUAUUGCAUGCAUUUAUUAUUGUGAUUUUUGCAUAAUGAACAAAAAUGUGAGAUUAAUUAUUGCGAUUUUUGCAAAAACUGCCUACAUAUAUAUCUGUUAGAUAUUAGAAUGCAAGUUAUUAUUGUAAUACUCACCCAGUCACAUUAUUUGCAUUAAUAAAAACCACAAUAAUUUCUGAAUUUACAGUAUUGUGAAGUCUGUCAGAUUUCAUACUUUGGAGCUGAUAGCUAUAAUUAUUGUUAGAUAUUUUGAAAUUUGUAGAAUUGUUUGAUUUAAAUAUUAUAUGUUAUUCAGGUCUCAGACAUGGUAUGUAAUGUGACAUUCCCGGCUUAGAGUUUAUACUCCCUGAGCCGAAGGUAACUACAGGGUAAAAAAAAAAAAAAACAUUGUUUGUACCCCGGCAGUUUCCUGAAUAUUUUCAGCUCAGGGAUUAUAAACUCAAAGCCAGGAAUGUCACAUUAUAUACCCUUUCUAAGACCUCAAUAACACAUUAUAUCAUAAUAUUUGGAAAUUUUUAGAAUUGCUUGAUUUGAAUAUUCACUAACAUUUAAUUUAUCAUUAUAUCAGGGUAUUUAUUUAUAGAAAAAUUGUUUAAGUGAUAAUAAAACAAUAAAAUGUAUACAAACUUG